AUGCUGUUCACACAAGCUAUUCUUGCGGUUCUUGCAACCAGCGUCUUGGGACAUGGCGUCGUACAAGACCCUGAGCCCAGAGUGUCAGGCCCGAAGCAGCAGGAACUCUGUGGAACCGCAGUGACAGACCAACUUGAGAGCGACACUGCCGGCCCUAUUGAAAAUGCGAUCAAGGUUGCCGACGCCGAUUACAAGUGCAACCUCUUCCUCUGCCGCGGUUACCAGUACGAGGACAACGAGGACAACGUCCGCGCUGUUACAGCCGGCGAGGUCAUCCCCUUCCACAUCGACCUGAUCGCCGGUCACAGACCAGGACACGCCAACAUUUCGGUGAUUGACCUCGCGAACAACACCGUCAUCGGCGAGCCCCUGAUCACCUGGGAUGACUGGCCGACGACCAACCCCGACCCUCUGGCCGACACCGACUUCAAUGUCACAAUCCCCGACACCUUGGCCUCGGCCUGCGAUGUUGGCGGCAAGUGUGCCAUCCAGUGGUUCUGGUACGCCGAAACCAACAAACAGACGUACGAGAGCUGUAUCGACUUUUACGUUGAGGCAUGA